AUGGGUGAAGAAAUCCCUAAGGAGCUGUUAGAUAUGCAUGAAAAGCGUCUUCAUGAAAUGCUUGAAAUUGUUGAAAAGGGUGACUGGAAACUCUCUAAAGAGGAAACAAAUAUCAAAUUCUACACUGGUACAUAUCCAGGAAGUUCAUUCAACAUGGUCAAGUCAGUCGUUACAAUUUUGGGAAAGCACAAAAAGACUGUAGAACUACUUGAUACAGUUAAAACAAUCGAUAAAAAUACACCAAAAGAAGAAGCAAAGGGUGUUAAAGAAAGGUACGUAUUUGGUGGUGCCGAAGGUGGUCCAAGAUACUUAUAUAUGUCUCUUCAAUCAGGAAGCAUGCUUGUUUCAGAUCGUGAUUUUCUUACAUUGCGUAAGCGCUAUGAUCUUCCAGAUAAGCAAGUUUGGCUCAUUGCUUCCAUCGAUAACGAUGAUCUUAAGCCACCAACUAAGGAUAAUGUCCGUGGAAAAAUGACUUUCCAAGCUUUCAUCCUCGAACAAGAUAAAGAUGAUGAUGCUUAUGACAGGCUGACAUUUGUUGUUCAUGCUGAUCCUUGCGGCUCCAUCCCAGCAAUGGUUUAUAAUGCAGUUGCCACAAAGCAAGGCUAUAAUGUCCUUAGUAUCAGAAAUUCCGUCCUUAAGAAGGAAUAA